UAUGGAGAAAAUCGAUAAAAUGUGGAUAGCGCCGUUGCCUACAGACUCCGCGUACGUGAAAACGUUUCGUUUGCAUUAUAUACAAAAUGGAAAAGAAAAGAGUUGGGACGCACUCAAGGUUCACGAUAGUGUAUCGAUUGUAAUUUUUAACACAACCCGACAAAAGUUGGUGUUUGUCAAGCAGUUUCGUCCGCUUGUCUAUCAUUCUAUUGUAACAAGCAAUGGCGGCGAUGUGGCAAAUGUAGAUCUUGGAAAGUUUCCAAUAGAGUUGGGCGUUACUCUUGAAAUAUGUGCUGGUACCGUAGAUAAAGAUAAGUCGUGGCGUGAGAUUGCCCGUGAAGAGAUAUUGGAGGAGUGCGGUUAUGAUGUGCCUGUGGAUCAACUUGAAGAAAUUUUCUCUUACAGAUGCGGCGUAGGUACGCAAGGUUCUAAACAGAUUAUGUAUUAUUGCGAAGUGACCGACAAUCAGAAAAAGUCUCCUGGCGGUGGAGUUGGCGAUGAGAUAAUCGAUGUAGUCGAAUAUUCUGUGGACGAAGCGCGUGCGAUGGUAUAUCAAAAAGGAAAUAUUAACGGUCCACCUAGUUUUUUAUUAGGAGUCUUGUGGUUUUUAAUGAACAAACGCUCAAACAAAUAAAGAGAUUGUAGCGAGACAUUUCCGCAAAUGAAUAAAUCUUU